AUGGCCCCUCCAUGGGGAAGAGUCGAUGAGAGGUCCUUAUCUAGAGAGGGUGUGCUUUGUCAUGUUGCCCAAAAACAGUGGGGCCCUUCCCUGUCCCUUUGGCUCAACCAGUGGCCAACAUUUGUCAAGCACCACAUAUUUGUUCCUCGCAUAUCUUCUUCUUCUACUUCUUCUUCUGCUGUUCUGCAUGGGCAUGGCAGCCAAGGCAAUCCCAACAACAAGGAGCAGUUUGAAGCUUCGGCCGUGGACACGGUGUUCAAAGCACAUAAGAGAGCAGAGGGCACGGCUUUACAUCGUAUGGAGAUGCAGCGUGAUGCUUCUGUGCUGGCAUGA